AAGUUUGAUGCACUGUCUUGCUCCAGACACUGAAGAGAGAACACAAUUGUAUAUUAACCACUCUCUGAAAUAAACUUAGAUUUAUUAACCAAGAACUAUAGUGGUUAUACAUGGAGUCUCAUGUCAGCUGAAUUCGACAAUACCUUUCAGAAUUUUUUUACAAUCCAACACUAUUCUACUACAAUGGCUAAUUCUAAUGUCCAGGAUGAGGGAGCAUCCUUUAUUCUACUAGUAAGUCAACAGAACAUUUUGUCAGCCAUCUCACAAAUCAAGUGGACAAAUGGUAGUUUACAGACAAAAAUGAAAGACUAAAUAGAUGUCAUGAAGCCCCCUUGAGUGCAAAAAGCCCUGUUUAUAGCAGAUAACAGUUUAACACUGACCAAAACCAUAGAAUCAUGCAAUAUACAUGAUGCAUCAGUUUCACAUCAUUAAGCAUUCAAGCAGCUACAAACAUCAGAAACCCAGAUCAAUUCAAUGAUAUAUGGCUAUAAAUCUGACUCAAACUGCAUGUAGCACAGUUCUGUAACCUUGAAGCCAAUGGAGCCAACCAUGUCUGCUUGGUUUGCCUAGCAAAGGAAGCAACAUGAUGGCAAUGCAGACAAAAGGGCCACUGGGCAUGAGGUAAAGGGUGUACUAGCAGUCCUGCUUAUGGCUGGGCAUGUGAUUGUGCCCUUAGCCAGGCCCCAGGAAGGAAAAUCACUCCAAAGAACAUAAUAGUGAAGAAUAAUGUUUACAUUUUGGUGUUAUCAGGACUGACACAUUUGAGAGAAAGGAAUCAGCACACACAGUGCUCAACAUAUCUGCCAGGAAGACAGUGCAAUGACAAAAGGCAUGUUAAAAUUGACACUGGUGCAGAUGGUAAUGUUCUUCCACUUAAGCUAUUCUAUGAAAUGUUUGGAGACAACGUAAACACGGAUUGUUACCCAAAGAAAGGUAGCAUCCCUUAUUCUAUGACAGUAAAGCUAGAAUAAGUAAAGCUAGAAUGGCAAUAAUAACAUUUUGUAUAAUAUGAUAGAUGAUAUAAUUACUUCCUCUUUACACAGUACCAAUACCAAGAUUGACUUAUGGGCAGCUGAUGUGUUGAAAGUAAAGAAAGGCAGCAUGGUUUGGCCAAAGUAAACAAGCAAAAACCUAUGCAUUUGAAGAUAAAAGCAAGUAAGGGUAAAACAAACCUAGGCAGGUGAUAGAGACGUUGGGGAUGGGCAAGUGCAGAGUUUUUGAAGAAGGGUUAUGCUGAGAAGAUCCCUGAAGAUGAGAUAUUGACAGAUAGCUCUACGGUAAAAAUAAAAACAACAGAAUCUCUCAUUUCGAAGUAACCAAAGGGCAACAAUGAACGGAGAGGGAGCGAAGUUCGAUAAGGCUUGCAUGUAGCUGAGCAGCCACAGUUUUGAGGCACAAGAUGGCCACCAAUCAUGAUCACUACCACCUUCAGCAGAACUCAGAUGAUGAAGAAACUAGUUUGAGCAAUACUCCACAAAAAGAACUAGGAAAUGGUAGAAGAAACUAUACUCCACAAGGGAACAAUAGACCCGUGGUUGUCAAAGUGGAUGCAAAUGGAAAAGCACAUGCAGAAGUCGGCAGCUCAUCUGAGAGGGAGGCCUUUCUCCCCCAAGUCACAGCCAUUGAUCCAGAUGAUGGUGAGGUGUCUCGAAGUAAUGGGAAAGUGCAUGCCUUUGAGUUGGAAGAACCCAGUGCUCCAACAGACAAGUUUAUGCUGGUUUACUUAAUACUGUUGGUUCAUGGUAUUGGUACCCUUAUGCCAUGGAAUAUGUUCAUCACUGCUGAAUCCUACUUCACAGACUAUAAGCUAGCUACCAAUGGUAGUGACAGCUCAGAGUACAGGAAAAACUUCAUCAGUUAUCUUGGAAUCACUGCACAGAUACCCAAUGUGUUGCUGAAUUUAAUCAAUAUGUUCUUCCAGUGUGGAGGUGGUGGCACAACUGUGCGAGUGGUAGUAAGCAUUUCAGUCAUGGUGGUGUUCUUCAUAGUCACAGUAGUACUGGCCAUGAUUGAUACCAGUGAAUGGCCAGGGGUAUUUUUUGCUGUUACCAUGGGGACUGUUGUCAUCAUCAACAUGGCAACAGGGGUAUACCAGAACAGUAUCUAUGGCCUUGCAGCUAAUCUUCCCAUGAAAUAUACCAAUGCUGUUGUCUUAGGCUCUAAUACAAGUGGAACUCUUACAUCUGUAAUAUCCAUCCUUGCUCUUGCAGGCACUCCAGAUCCCAGAACAUCUGCCAUCUAUUACUUCGUGGCUGCCAUCAUUGUACUGCUGAUUGCAUUUGAUACCUUCUUUGCAUUGCCACUUUUGAAAUUUUAUCGUUACUACCACACUCAAGGCGUGGAGGCGCUUCAUGAAGAGGAACACAAACAUCAUAGGUCAAGGCCACCAUAUUGGAAAGUAUUCAAAAAGGUUUGGGUACAGCUGUUCAAUGUUUGGUUUGUGUUCUUUGUGUCACUGACAUGCUUUCCUUCCAUCCAAGUCAAUGUGGAGAUGUUAGACGAAAACUUCAUGAACCCUCGUUAUUUCACACCAGUCACCUGUUUUCUGUUCUUCAAUGCCUUUGCCAUGAUGGGGAAUCUCACAACAGAGUGGAUAAAGAAGCCUGGACCCAAGUGGGUGUGGAUCCCAAUAGUACUUAGAGUCCUGUUCAUCCCUUUCUUCUUAAUGUGUAACUACCGCCCAGAACACAGGUCCUUCCCAGUGAUCAUAGGCAAUGACUAUGUCUACUGUUUAGGGGGAAUCAUCAUGGCAUUUACCAGUGGCUACUUCAGCAGUCUGUGCAUGAUGUAUGCUCCACAUCAAGUGGGUCCAGAGUUUGCAGGCACUGCUGGAAUGAUGGCAGCAUUUUUCCUGGUAUUCGGCAUCUUCAGUGGUGUCAACUUUUCACUGUUUGUUGCUUGGCUGGUAGAGGCUAUUCAUGUUGACUGAGGAAGAAAUGCCAAGAAGGCAGUCAUGUUUAUUUAGAAUGGGAAGAAAUCUCUGCUUGCUUUAUAGAAAGGCUUAGUUUACCAUGAUGGUGUUCAAGUUUUUCAAUUUUCAUCUGGGACUACUACCAAAACCUCAGUUUAAGUAAGACAGGUGAAAGGGGUCUUCCAUUUUCUUUUUCAUUUUAAGGUAUACCUGGGAAACGGGUACACAAUCAGAAAUGCCCAGUGAGAGUCUUUUUACACAUAUCAUUGAGUGUUCAUGUUUUAAAAGCUCUAUUUCCAUUACAUAAUGAGCAAUGCAAGUUUUUUUUUUUUUUUUUUUUUUAUAUUAUUAAAAUGCCAAAUGUAUACAUUUAUGCAAUGAUUAAAUCCUCUGAAUAACACUAAAAGAAGUUCAUUGAAGAGCCUAUUGAGAAGUUGCAGUGUGGUUUUCCAUAUUUAAGUUGCUAUGCAUAUUGUGAUCUUCCAAUUUCUUACUUGUAUUUUUGUAAUGCAUGGUCAUAUGCAGAUAGAUCAACAUGAAAAUGGAGGACAUGUUAUGCAACAAUUAAGUUGUCAUUUAUCAUAUACUGCUUAAGAAAAGCAAGAUGCUGUCAAGAUAUUUUUUCUAGCCUUAUAAUUAGCU